CCAAGAACAAUCUUUUAGCUCCAGCAAAAGCUACUCAAUGGCAGGUAGUUAUCCGUCAGAUGAAGCCUCUAUGGCUAUCAUUUACGUUACUUUGGGUGUUUUCCUUAUAUUAGGACUCGUUAUAAGUUAUUUCGUAACAAAAACAAAGGCAGAUUUCUUAUCAGCUACCAAAACUGCUAAUUACGCUGUCAUUAUGUGCAACUUCGCCGCGCAAGGUCUGGGUGCUGGUUUGCAGCUAACAUACCCAGAAGUUGCUACAUAUGGUCUACAGCCACUUAUAACCUACUCAUUAGCCGCUAGUUUGCCACUUUUGACAUUUCCUCCACUCGCUGCUCAAUUGCGGAAAAAGUGCCCUGAGGGUUUCGUCUUAACGGAGUUUAUCCGAGCAAGAUUUGGUGUAGUAGCAAGCUUGUUCUUGUCGCUAUGCUCUAUUGUCACACUCUACGUAUUUAUGUUAUCGGAAAUGACUUCUAUCUACUCUGUAAUUCAAUCACUCACCGGUUGGAGCUCAGAAACGCAAAAUGUAUGGUUGAUCAUGCCUAUUUUCACAGAAAUGAUGGUAACCAUGCUUUAUACUGCUUGGGGUGGAUUUAAGACGUCACUGAUAACUGACACGAUUCAAGCCACGUUAUUUAUUCUUUUGGUUAUCAUCUGUACUAUUGCAAUUGGUGUAACUGUCGAGAUUGACACCAGCAUGAUACAACAGAGAUCUGAACUAUUACGUGGCAGUCAGCUAGGUUGGCAAUUACUGUACAUUUUACCGGUUGCGAUUGUCUUCAACAACUAUUUCUUGUCCAGUUACUGGCAACGUUGUUACGCAGCAAAAACACAAAAGGAUUUGACAAUCGGAUGCACGCUCGCCGCUAUACUCAUCUUCUGCUUGACCUUCUUGGUUGGAUUUUCUGGAUUGAUCGCCGCUUGGGCUGAUGUCUAUCCUGGGCCAGACAGUGUAAAUGAGGAGAGUAGCUCAACUGUCCUUUUCUUGCUUAUCAACAAAUACUGCCCGCCAUGGAUUUCGGCGUUGAUGUUGGUUUUAUCAGUUGCUCUCUCUUGUGCAGCCUACGAUACCCUCCAAACUGCGUUGGUAGCUACAGUAUCAAACGAUGUCUUUAGAAACAAGAUCAACAUUUGGUGGAUCAGAUUGAUCCUGGUCGUGAAUGCUGCUGUUAUUGCACCUGUAGCAACCAACAAAGUCAAUGAUGUCUUGAUCCUUUACCUCAUAGCAGAUCUGGUAUCUGCUGCUGUCAUGCCUGCAAUGUUGCUCGGUUUCACUGAUAAGCUUUACUUCUUAAAUGGUUGGGAUGUAACUAUAGGUGGAUUGGGAGGUAUUUUUACAGUUUUCUUGUUCGGCCUGGUCUACUACGAUGGUGAUGCUAAGUCAGCAGCUGCCCUUCUUAUUAUCAAUGAGGGUCUUUAUCCAUCUGAAAACAGUUUUGAAUGUUUAGGCACAUUCAUUGCAGCCCCGGUUGGCUCAAUCCUCUGGACAAUCGCAGCAUUUGGUGUCAGAGUUUUAUACACGUACAUACGCUCUAGAACUACAGGCUCGCCUUUCACAGUGUUUGAAAAGACCAAGCCGCUCGAUCCGUACGUUGUAGCAGGCAACGAGCAGAUGCUUAGACCAAGCUUGGGUGAAAGGGAAGCUGAAAGUGCAUCAAGCACUCUUAGACACAGAGGUGGUACCAGAAAGGAAAAUAACUCAGAUGGUAGUGAUGAUGACUCCAGGAAGAGCUAAGGAAGUAGCCGAUAAUCAAGAGAGAAGACGGGAUGCCUUCUUUCUAGGAUAACUUUCAUUUAGUCUUUGGAUUUUACGGAUAUUAUAAAUAUAGAAUAAAACAUAUAGAAUAGAACCAAGUAUUUGUACCUAAUCUUAAUAAAUGCAUUUCGAC